AUGAACAGCUUCUCUUUGAAAUGUAUUACAAACAGUGCUGCUUUGAACUUGACGGGCAGACCACAUCUGAGAAUAGAUUUCAACGUCUACAUCAUGCAACUCUUCAUUCUCAGUCUUCUCGUGUGUAUCCACACAUUACUCGCUGAAUCCAAUGCCAACAAGACAUACAUGCUCCAUUUACGUUGGCUUCCAACACACUGUUUCAACAGAUAUUGUACUGUCCCGGAGAGAACAACUAUGGAUAUUUCGAAAUUGAGAGCAUCACCUCACUUUGACUGGUCUGACUUCGCAUGUCCAAGUGGUCUCCACUUCUUCGAGCAGGAUAUUAAUGAAAUACCUGAUCUGAAUACUUAUUGGACUAAUCCAACUCAUGAACUCUUCGCACAUCUCAACGUGUACAAUGAUUAUGCAGCAUGCACGGUGAUGGGUGAAUCUGGAACCAGUCCAAUUCUCUACUUCAAUCAUAGCAUUAAUCUCUACAAAAAACUCAUGACACCAAGGAACGCUGGAAUGUUGAGAUACAUAUUGAAGAAGAAUACUGUACAGGUGGUGAGUUGACAUUCAAUUUUUCAACCGAACACGUUUACCAGUAUUAUGUGUAAUCAUCAUUGAACAACCACACUAAUUCACGAACUACAUUCAUCCACUCUGUUUAUGUAGCCUGGAAAAGUGGAAUACGAGCUGUGGAAAGCGUUCCAUGCAAGGGCCAAAGUGAUUUGCGCACAUGAUGAAGUCGGGCGGGCUUUCCUACACGAAGUAGUAUUCUGUUUCAACGAAGCGUCAUCACUCGUCGACUGUCCACCAGAAUACGCCAGUGAUUUACAGUCUUUUCACCCAGAUCUGGAGGUGGAUGAUGAGGAAACGUUUAGUCAGCAGAUGCAGUCUCAAAUCUUGUGUCCAGCCAAGCUCAUCAUUCCUGAUUACAAGAUAGUUGAACACAAGGAACAACACGAAUUCGAUUCUUUCGAACUUGAUUAGGAUGAUUAUCAUUGUGCGUAUUUUUGAACUUUUGUCACUCCAGUUAGAUGGGAAUCAUAAUGAUGAUUAUUAUGUCCCACUCACUUUUCAUUUGAUGUACUCACUUCUUGUAAUGUAGUUUCUAGCAAAUAAAAUAUAUUUCACAUUUCAA